AAGAUGGCGGACCUGGAGGCGGUGCUGGCCGAUGUGAGCUACCUGAUGGCCAUGGAGAAGAGCAAGGCCACGCCGGCCGCGCGCGCCAGCAAGAAGAUCCUGCUGCCCGAGCCCAGGAAGAAAGUGAAGUGCUGCGGGCUGGGAAGAAUGCUGUGGCCAUCCGCCCCGUGCAGCCUUCCGAGGGAGGCGGGGUCUGGUUGCCCAGCCGGGAGCCCAGGCCUUUGUGCUGCGCGCUGGACCAAGCCGGCGGCUGAGCCCCCGGGAGGGGAGAAGGCCCGCGCCCGGCGCGGUGCCCGCGGUGCCCGGAGAAGAGCCGCCAGCUCCGCUGCGUCCCGGGCAGGCGCUCCGAGAGCGCGUUUCCCAGGCCUCCGCGUGUCCAGGCCACCGAGCCCCGCGGUGCGAAGCGGCGGCACUGCUCCCGGCUGGACGUUGCCAUCGCACCGCCUUUGCGGAGCUGGUGCCAGUCUUGCUGGUUCCCAGGAAGGGCUUCCCGGUGACUGUUGCAAGGGCCACGCCCAGCUGCCCCGUGGGUCAUCUGAUAGGCUGGAGUCCCUCUGCCCGUCACCUGCAUCUGCCUGUUAGGACAGUCCCCCCCCGACCACCCUCUGACCAUCCACGUCCCUGGAGGAUCAGUAUUUUGUGAUACUUCUUCCCUCUUUAUUGCUUUUUCAUCCCCUUCCACACACCAGAAUGUCCUGAGACACAGGAAUGGGCUGUGGACACAGAGAACUCAGAGCUGAGCCAACGGGUGGUGAGGGCCCAGCCCUCCUAGCCACCUCCCAGGAGAAAUCUGGCCCUCACAAGGGCCCAGGGCUCCACACCCCUACCUCCCGGCUGCCUGGUCUUGUGGCCCUGCUGAGCCUUCGCUACCUUGGACUGGGCUCUCCCCACUGUGCUCCACCCAGCACACCCCCCUGGCAUGUUUCCCUGUCCAAACGGGAGGCCCCAAGCUGUCCCUCACAGAGCUGGGAGCCCUAAGAGAUCGGUACAGACUGUGCCCUGCGGCCUCCCUGGGCUCCCAUCUCUAGUCUGUAGGCCCCAGGGCAGGGGCUGUGUCUUGUUCAGUGUCACAGAUUUUUUAGUUCCUGAUGUGUGUGAAGCGCAUGGGGGACUUGGGGUCUGGUCUUGCCUCCUGAGUCCCUGCAAGUCCCACGGGGCCAGGGAGACGUGUCCUUGACGGUGGCUGGUGGACGUGAACGGGUGUCUGGCUCUCAGGAGGGGAGGGUGUGCCAGCGUGGCCGAGGCCUUGGAGUCCCUGCGGUUGUGGAGGGCGUCCUCGCUCUCCAGGAAGGAACCGGCUCUGAAGUGGUAGCUCAGGGACACGAGGCCACUGGCCCUCAGCUGGGGCUCUUCUCGUGUCAGCUGGAGUCACAGGAUGGGGACACAGGAGAGCUCUCCAGGUCAUCAGCACCCUUCUUCCUGUUGGAGACAGUUUUUGAAGGAAGCCAUGGCAUCUCUGAGCGUCCGGGGGAAGGGGUCACGGCCCCAGGACUGUGCUUCUGCCAGCUCUGCGUGCUCCCAUGUUGUCUUGUGUGGCCCGAAUGCAGGCAAGGGCCCAGGAGGUCCAUGGCCUGGGCCUCCUUCCAGACCACCCGAGAAGGAAAGUGCUGAGCAGGAAAGGGCAGGAUUCGCCCUGCCUGCAAGCCCAGGCCAGGGGCUGGGCAGGGUCUGUUGGCUGCACUGGCCCUGCUUGGAGCCUCCUCUCCUCAGGCCCCCUCUCUGAUGGGGCCCAGAGCCUCGAGACCCCCAGCUGGCCUUGUCCAUUCUUCUGUCUGUCCAUCCAUCCGACAGCCCAAGCCUGCUCCUAUCCCACCUUGUUUCUUUCCCUGCUUCCUGGCCCAGUAGCAUUGGAUACCUGGGCUUCCUCCUGUGGGUGCCUCCAACGGAGUCUGUCCGCUCACCCACCGUCCUGGACCGAGCUUCCCAAGUGCCAUCUGCUGAGCCUCCUCCCUGCCCAGUGGCUUGUCCCUGGCCAGGUCUUCCUUGCCUGUCCCCACAUCCACGCACCUGCCCUGGGCUUCGCCACAUGGUGACAUCCUGUUCGCAUUUGAGGAACCCGCAUCCGCAGUGUCAUGCAGAAGUACCUGGAGGACCGGGGCGAGGUGACCUUUGAGAAGAUCUUCUCCCAGAAGCUGGGGUACCUGCUCUUCCGAGACUUCUGCCUGAAGCACCUGGAGGAGGCCAAGCCCUUGGUGGAGUUCUACGAGGAGAUCAAGAAAUACGAGAAGCUGGAGACAGAGGAGGAGCGCCUGGCCUGCAGCCGGGAGAUCUUCGACACCUACAUCAUGAAGGAGCUGCUGGCCUGCUCACACCCCUUCUCGAAAAGUGCCAUCGAGCACGUGCAGGGCCAUCUGGUGAAGAAGCAGGUGCCUCCAGAUCUCUUCCAGCCAUACAUCGAGGAGAUUUGUCAGAACCUCCGAGGAGAUGUGUUCCAGAAAUUCAUCGAGAGCGAUAAAUUCACACGAUUUUGCCAGUGGAAGAACGUGGAGCUCAACAUCCACCUGACCAUGAACGACUUCAGCGUGCACCGCAUCAUUGGGCGAGGGGGCUUUGGCGAGGUCUAUGGCUGCCGGAAGGCCGACACGGGCAAGAUGUACGCCAUGAAGUGUCUGGACAAGAAGCGCAUCAAGAUGAAGCAGGGGGAGACCCUGGCCCUGAACGAGCGCAUCAUGCUGUCCCUCGUCAGCACCGGGGACUGCCCGUUCAUCGUCUGCAUGUCUUACGCGUUCCACACGCCAGACAAGCUUAGCUUCAUCCUCGACCUCAUGAACGGCGGGGACCUGCACUACCACCUGUCCCAGCACGGGGUCUUCUCCGAGGCCGACAUGCGCUUCUACGCGGCUGAGAUCAUCCUGGGCUUGGAGCACAUGCACAACCGCUUCGUCGUCUACCGGGAUCUCAAGCCAGCCAACAUUCUGCUGGACGAGCACGGCCAUGUGCGCAUCUCAGACCUGGGCCUGGCCUGCGACUUCUCCAAGAAGAAGCCCCACGCCAGCGUGGGCACCCACGGGUACAUGGCCCCUGAGGUUCUGCAGAAGGGUGUGGCCUACGAUAGCAGCGCCGACUGGUUCUCCCUGGGGUGCAUGCUCUUCAAGCUGCUGCGAGGGCAUAGCCCUUUCCGGCAGCACAAGACCAAAGACAAGCAUGAGAUCGACAGAAUGACAUUGACAAUGGCUGUGGAGCUGCCCGACUCCUUCUCCCCGGAGCUCCGUUCCUUGCUGGAGGGGCUGCUACAGAGGGAUGUCAACCGGAGGCUAGGCUGCCUGGGCCGAGGGGCCCAGGAGGUGAAGGAGAGCCCCUUCUUCCGUUCCCUGGACUGGCAGAUGGUCUUCUUGCAAAAGUACCCUCCCCCACUGAUCCCCCCACGAGGGGAGGUGAAUGCGGCUGAUGCCUUUGACAUUGGCUCCUUUGAUGAGGAGGACACAAAAGGAAUCAAGUUACUGGACAGCGACCAGGAGCUCUACCGCAACUUCCCCCUCACCAUCUCGGAGCGGUGGCAGCAGGAGGUGGCGGAGACCGUCUUCGACACCAUCAACACUGAGACGGACCGACUGGAGGCCCGCAAGAAAACCAAAAACAAGCAGCUGGGCCACGAGGAAGACUACGCCCUGGGCAAGGACUGCAUCAUGCACGGCUACAUGUCCAAAAUGGGCAACCCCUUCCUGACCCAGUGGCAGCGGCGGUACUUCUACCUGUUCCCCAACCGGCUCGAGUGGCGGGGCGAGGGCGAGGCCCCGCAGAGCCUGCUGACCAUGGAGGAGAUCCAGUCGGUGGAGGAGACGCAGAUCAAGGAGCGAAAGUGCCUCCUUCUCAAGAUCCGCGGCGGCAAGCAGUUCGUCCUGCAGUGCGACAGCGACCCUGAGCUGGUGCAGUGGAAGAAGGAGCUGCGCGACGCCUACCGCGAGGCCCAGCAGCUGGUGCAGCGGGUGCCCAAGAUGAAGAACAAGCCGCGCUCGCCCGUCGUGGAGCUGAGCAAGGUGCCGCUGGUGCAGCGCGGAAGCGCCAACGGCCUCUGACCCGCCGCCACCACCCGCCCGGCCGCCCUCCUGCCCGCCCACCCGCCUUUUAUAAACCUCUAAUUUAUUUUGUUGAAUUUUUAUUAUUUGUUUUCCCGCCAAGCGGAAAAGGUUUUAUUUUGUAAUUAUUGUGAUUUCCUGUGGCCCCAGCCUGGCCCAGCCCCCAGGGAGGGGCCCGCUUGCCUUGGCUCCCGCUGCCACCUGCCCGCCCGCCCGGCCACCGUCCAGCCACCCUCAGUCCUGCCCCCGGGGCCGCCCACUCCCGGUGUCUUCCCACGCGGGGAGCGCAGCCGCCCCCAGCGGCCCUCCCGCCUCUUCCCCCGGGAUGCUGCCGCGCGGAGUUGGGCCACCUCCGGCUCUGUGCCCACAGCACAGCUGGGUGGCCCAGCAUCCCCCAGCCCAGGGGAGGCCACGUCGCAGGGAUGCUACUUGAAUUUCCCCACCGCGGCCCCUCCUGCGACAGGGACGCAGCCCUGCACUGACCUGCCCUCCAGCCAGUCGGUAGACGAGGGGGCCCGUUGUCUCCCUGACCCCAGGGCCUCCCACAUGACUUAGGCUCCUGCACCCUUUCUUGGGAAGAACCCCCGUGUCACCGGCUGCCUCCGUUCCCACCUUCCCUGGACGUGGACACCGUGGGGUUUGGCCCGGAGGGUGGCGUUGGCAGUGGCUGCUGCUGCCCUCACCGCAGCCCCCUCUUCCUCCCACCCCAAGCGCCCAGGCUCAGGGACCACAGAAAGGCACCUGCGGGUUGUGCCACGCUGGCCUCGCCUGGCCCCGAGCCCCCUUUCCCUGGGCUGGGCAGGGCCUCCUCUGCCCAGGAUCACAGGGGGCCGGCCUGGGCUGGCCGGGCGGCACAGUGAGAGGGGGCCGGGUGGGGCAGCCCUCCCCACGCCAGGCCGCUCCGUGCGCGCCCCCCCCGGCCGUCCAGCCCCACAGCCCCGUGUCCCGUCAGUGCCACCGCCCACAGGGCGCCACCUCGCCCGCAGCAUGCCCCCUCGUGCCAGUCGCUGCCGUGUGUGGUGUCGCGCCCUCUCCCCCGGGGCUGGGUCAGCGGGCCCUCCCCUCCCAUCUACUCACUCCCCGAGGUGUUUCUUUGCCGAUUUUUGAAUGUGAUUUUAAAGAGUGAAAAAUGAUACUACGCGUUUUUAUAAAAAAUGGUGCCUGA